AUGCGAUCGUUCUCCGCCUUUUUGUUUGCAGUCCUCAUCACGGCCAGCAGGUCUACCUCAUGGGCCUCGGUCACCAUCCCAUUGACAAAGCUUGAGCAUACUGGACCGUACCUUCAAGGCUCUCCACACGCUGAUCGUGCCCGAGCGUCGUUCUUAAAGACAACCAGUGACCCAAAGACCAUCCCGGCUACAAACUUGGUAUACAUACAGUACACCACGAGUGUCGGUGUCGGCAGUCCCCCCACCUACUACAAUUUAGUUAUUGACACGGGGAGCUCUAACACAUUUGUCGGAACGGGGAAAAAGUAUGUCCGUACGUCAACCAGUGUCCCCACUGGACAGAAUGUCACUGUCACCUAUGGAACUGGCUUUUUCAGUGGUAUCGAAUACUAUGACACGGUGACUCUCGCACCUGGCUUCGUCAUCACGAAUCAAUCCAUCGGUGAUGCUCUUAAAUUCGCAUCUUUUGACGGCGUCGACGGCAUAAUUGGCGUUGGGCCAGUUGAUCUCACGCAGGGCAAACUGUUUCCUGACACUGGCGCCUUGACUCCAACCAUCAUGGAUAACGCUUUGAAGCAGGGUCUGAUCAAACAACAGAUUGUUGGUAUUUCAUUCGCGCCGGCAACAACUUCUAAUGACACCAAUGGAGCGAUUACAUAUGGUGGCAUUGAUCCUGCUUUUUACACCGGUGAUAUAACCUACACUCCAAUCACCAAGACUAGCCGAUCAUCCCUCUACUGGGGCAUCAACGUAACUGAAGCGACAUAUGGCACACACACUGUUAUUCCUCAGUCAACCGCCGGCAUAGUCGAUUCGGGCACAACUCUGGUCCUGAUUGCGGAUGAUUUCUUUUCCAGGUACUUAGAAGCCAUUCCCGGAGCCUACCUCGAUGUUGAUAACACUGGCCUCAUCGUCAUCCCCCCUUCCUCCAUCGCAGGCAUGCAACCCUUUAACUUCACAAUCAACGGUCGCGCGUUCACCAUGGAUACAGCUGCACAACUAAUCCCGUUGGACGAGAACGCCAUUUGGGGCAUUGAGACUGGUGUACAAUACGGCGUCAUCACUAAGCUCGGUGCUGACAGCGGGAGAGGCUCGGAUUUCAUCCUCGGUCAGAAGUUCAUGGAGAAGUAUUAUGUUGUGUUCGACACCGAUCAAAGCCGCGUUGGCUUUGCGUACACUAAUCACACCUUCUCGGCAUACUUGCCUUGA